AAAUACAAAUACACAUACGAUGCUGUGAAGCAGACAGGAAGACGAACUACAGGACUGCGUCACCUUGGGGCAAAGAGCUUUGAUAGAACAUUUACCUAGUCGCCUGCUGCUGCCAUCGAACAAACGUAAAAUGCCGUUGAUUGGUCCUUUCUUCUUUAUCCUGGGUUUGAUUAUGGCUUCGGCCAUAGAAACACCAAGAAGUUCACAGGGAUUGAACAGCAGCCAGUAUAGCCUUACCACUGAAAUGCCCUCCACCAACACCACCAUGCACACCACCAAUAUCUCCAAUAUCGCCAAUGAUAUGAACAUCAACAGCCCCAACAUCACCAGCCCCAACAUCACCAGCCCCAACAUCACCAGCCCCAACAUCACCAGCCCCAACAUCAACAGCCCCAACAUCAACAGCCCCAACAUCACCACAGCACCCUCAAUCCCAGCACCCCAACAUCGAGCCCCAACAUCACCAUCAGCACCCUCAACACCAGCACCCUCAACAACAGAGCAGAAAGGUGGUGAAACUACUAAAGGUGGCAAAAUCAAUCCCAUUGGUCCAGCUAAAACUACACCUGAUAAAAACAAACUAAAAGACAAAAAGCCCCCUGCCAAGACAAAAACCGGAGGAGACACCAUUGGUAUUGUCAUCCUCAUUUUGAUCCUCAUCGUGGCUCUUGGAUUUGUAGUCGCUUGCUGCGUUGUGCGGAAAAGAGGAAGACGCUACUCUGUCGACUUCACGUCCAGACAAGAUGAAGCCAACAUCCCUCUCAGCAUUGUGGACCAUGAGCUUCCUGCUGAUACUGUGUCUCAGAAUGGUCUGAAAACCUUUGAAAAUACAGAAACGAAGGCAAAGGAGCCCCAAGAACCUGAGGGACAAGAGGAACAGAAACCCGAGGCGGACAAAUCUGUGGUCGACCCCGGCGCUGAGUCUGCAGCUGCGACUCCUUCUCCACACGGCUCUGAGGACAAACCCAAGGAGGACGUGGCUGAGCCGAGUCCGACUCCUGCACCUGUGCAGCCGAGCGCGGAGGAGAAAACCGACGAUGAAGGCACCGUCUCCAACAAGACCUCAGUGGAAUCGCUGAAGGAGACAAAUGACAACAACAGCAACAAUGCUGACUUCAGACAGGCGACAGAUGGAAGAAAAGACUCGUAAACUCAAACGACCAAAGGAACCGUCUUCUCAUACGCUGUGAGAAACUCCAUUGGCUGGUGGCCUCCUGUUAGAAUUUCAUUUAUUGUCAAACAACAGCUUUUUAUCAUCAUUUUACUGAUUUUAUUGUCAAGAGGAUUUGCAUGCAAUGAAAAUUGUGUUGAAAUCAGAUUUACUGGUGUAUUAGACUGUUAAUGUUAAUAUUUUUGGUUGCAUUUUGCUAUAAGGUGCAGAUAGAAAAGGCUUUUUAAUUAUUAUUAAUGACUCAGUGAAGGCUAAUACAUAAUGUAAAUAUAUUCAUGUUGUUAUAUUGAAGUAUGUGUAAAUAGAAGCAUUUGCAGGCAAUUGCACUGCCACUUCUCCUAAGAUAUGCAUAAAAGUGGGUUUGCAACUCAACAACCUAAAACUUUUCAUCUUUACACUUAACAACUAAAUAUAUUAGAAGAUUUUUUUUCAUUAAACAGUAUUUUAACAUGUAACCCUACGAGACAGGUCAGAUUUAAAUCAGUGUUUUCUUAUUUUUUUGCACAUGUUGCAUUCUGCUUUUCCAUAAUAUUACCAUUCAGCAGUAUUAAAGUUUGUAUUAUUUCAAAAAAUUGCUAUAAUGUAAAUGUCAUUUGAUUGUAUUAAAUAUAACUUUGUCCUGCAUGUU